AACGAAGAAAUGGAGCAACCUGUGCAGAAUGGAGAGGAAGACCGCCCUUUGGGAGGGGGCGAAGGCCACCAGCCAGCAGGAAAUAAUAGACAGGGACAGGCUCGCCAACUUGCCCCUAAUUUCCCACGGGCCAUACCCAAGAGGCAGGUCAUCGAUGGGAUGGGUGGAGAUGGAGAUGAUAUGGAAACGUUCAUGGAGGAGAUGAGAGAAAUCAGGAGAAAACUUAGGGAGCUGCAACUGAGGAAUUGUCUGCGUAUCCUUAUGGGGGAGCUCUCUAAUCACCAUGACCAUCAUGAUGAAUUCUGCCUUAUACCUUGACUCCUGCCAUUUUCCACGAGAUUAAUACUGUGAUUCCCACUGUCAUUCUCCUUUUCCUUGCAUUUUCCUGAUAUGCCUUUAC